GCUAUGGCGGCCUCGCCACGUGACCCCGACGGGCGGAAGCGGAAGUGCGGCCUGGAGCUUGCGCCAAGCGGGUGUUUUCUCGGCGCCUCUAGCCGUCAGCUGUAGCCGACAUGGACUGUUACACUGCGAAUUGGAAUCCACUCGGGGACUCUGCCUUUUACCGGAAAUAUGAACUGUACAGCAUGGACUGGGACCUGAAGGAGGAACUCAAGGAUUGUUUGGUGGCUGCUGCACCCUAUGGGGGUCCGAUUGCUCUCCUGAGGAACUGUUGGAGAAAAGAGAAGACUGCCAGCGUGCGGCCAGUACUGGAGAUCUACUCUGCUUCUGGCAUGCCACUGGCCAGCCUGCUGUGGAAGAGUGGGCCUGUGGUGGCCCUCGGCUGGUCAGCUGAGGAGGAGCUGCUCUGUGUGCAAGAAGACGGUGCAGUGCUAGUUUAUGGGCUUCAUGGAGACUUCCGGAGGCACUUCAGCAUGGGCAAUGAGGUGCUUCAGAACCGAGUCCUGGACGCCCGGAUCUUUCACACUGAGUUUGGUUCUGGGGUGGCCAUCCUCACAGGGGCCUUUCGCUUCACCCUGAGUGCCAAUGUGGGUGACCUCAAACUCCGUCGGAUGCCAGAGGUGCCAGGUCUGCAAAGUGCACCCUCAUGUUGGACCACACUGUGCCACGACAGAGUAACGCACAUUCUUCUGGCUGUAGGACCUGAUCUUUACCUCUUGGAUCAUGCCACGUGCUCCACAGUGACACCUGCUGGUCUAGCCCCGGGAGUGAGCAGCUUCCUACAGAUGGCUGUAUCCUUCACGUAUCGUUACCUGGCACUCUUCACAGACACGGGCUACAUCUGGAUGGGGACAGCGUCACUCAAGGAGAAGCUGUGUGAGUUCAACUGCAACAUCCGGGCACCCCCGAAGCAGAUGGUCUGGUGUAGUCGUCCUCGAAGCAAGGAAAGGGCCGUUGUGGUGGCCUGGGAGAGGCGGCUGAUGGUGGUGGGCAAUGCACCUGAAAGUAUUCAGUUUGUGCUAGAUGAGGACUCCUACUUAGUGCCUGAGCUUGAUGGGGUCCGCAUCUUCUCGCGCAGCACCCAUGAAUUCCUGCAUGAAGUCCCAGUGGCCAGUGAAGAGAUCUUCAAAAUUGCCUCAAUGGCCCCUGGAGCACUGCUGUUGGAGGCCCAGAAGGAGUAUGAGAAAGAGAGCCAGAAAGCAGAUGAGUACCUACGGGAGAUCCAGGAGCUGGGGCAGCUGAUCCAGGCUGUGCAACAGUGCAUUGAGGCUGCAGGACAUGAGCACCAGCCAGACAUGCAGAAGAGUCUGCUCAGGGCGGCUUCCUUUGGAAAGUGUUUCCUCGACAGGUUCCCACCUGACAGUUUCGUGCGCAUGUGUCAGGACCUGCGAGUGCUCAAUGCUAUUAGGGACUACCACAUUGGGAUCCCUCUGACCUAUAGCCAAUACAAGCAGCUCACCAUCCAGGUGCUGCUGGACAGACUUGUGUUGCGGAGGCUUUACCCUCUAGCUAUCAAGAUAUGCGAGUACCUGCGCCUUCCUGAAGUACAGGGUGUCAGCAGGAUCCUAGCCCACUGGGCCUGCUACAAGGUGCAGCAGAAAGAUGUCUCAGAUGAGGAUGUGGCACGGGCUAUCAAUCAGAAGCUGGGUGACACGCCUGGUGUGUCAUAUUCUGACAUCGCUGCACGAGCCUAUGGCUGUGGCCGCACUGAGCUAGCCAUCAAGCUGCUGGAGUAUGAGCCACGCUCGGGGGAGCAGGUACCUCUUCUCCUAAAGAUGAAGAGGAGCAAACUAGCACUGAGCAAGGCCAUUGAGAGUGGAGACACUGACCUGGUGUUCACAGUGCUGCUGCACCUAAAGAAUGAACUAAAUCGAGGAGACUUUUUCAUGACGCUGCGGAACCAACCCAUGGCCCUCAGUUUGUAUCGACAGUUCUGUAAGCAUCAGGAGCUAGACACGCUGAAGGACCUCUACAAUCAAGAUGACAACCACCAGGAGCUGGGCAGCUUCCACAUCCGGGCCAGCUAUGCCGCUGAAGAGCGAAUUGAGGGGCGAGUAGCAGCUCUGCAGACGGCAGCUGAUGCCUUCUACAAGGCCAAGAAUGAAUUUGCGGCCAAGGCCACAGAGGAUCAGAUGAGGCUCCUGCGGUUACAGCGGCGUCUGGAAGAUGAGCUGGGGGGACAGUUCCUAGACCUGUCUCUACAUGACACAGUCACCACUCUUAUCCUUGGAGGCCACAACAAGCGUGCAGAGCAGCUAGCACGUGAUUUUCGCAUCCCUGACAAAAGGCUCUGGUGGCUAAAGCUGGCUGCCCUGGCAGAUUUGGAAGAUUGGGAGGAGCUGGAGAAGUUUUCCAAGAGCAAGAAAUCACCGAUUGGCUACCUGCCCUUUGUAGAGAUCUGCAUGAAACAACAUAACAAGUAUGAGGCCAAGAAGUAUGCUUCCCGGGUGGGCCCUGAGCAGAAGGUCAAGGCUUUGCUUCUUGUUGGGGACGUGGCUCAGGCUGCAGAUGUGGCUAUUGAGCACCGGAACGAAACGGAGCUGAGCCUCGUUUUGUCCCACUGCACUGGAGCUACAGAUGGGGCCACAGCGGACAAGAUUCAGCGGGCCAGAGCACAAGUCCAGAAGAAGUGAAGUGCCUGCCCGUGGGGGGCUAGUUACAAGCCAGAGAUGUCCAGAUGUAAAUAAAUUUGGAACGCUAAUUGAGAAUAGUUGUUGUAUGCCGUCUAGCCUAAGAUUAGCAGGCUUGAGGCAGAACCAUCUAGCCUCUGCAACAGAACUCCACAUAUUUGAUUAUAUUGAGGCUGUGAAUAGGAACUUAUAAGAGAGACCUAUUUAUUCACGUGGUUGCUCUCUCAGAAGCUGUCUCUAGCCUGGAGGAAGGUAUCAAGAGAGAUGGCAUAAAAUUCAAGCACCAAUCCAGCAAGACCCACACCAAAAAGAUUACAUGUGUGUGUUCUCACAAGAACCAUACUAUAUACUUUGCCAUUAUUUCAUUCAUUCCUCAUGACAGUUCUGAGAUGUAUAACAUCCUUCUCUUUGUAGAAAAGAAAACUGAAAACCAGAGAUUGGUGAAAACAGAUAUGUUAUAAAAGAAAGAUUUGGGCUGGCAAGAUGGCUCAGCAGCUAAAGGCUCUUGCUGCCAAUUCUGGCAACUUGAGUUUAAACCCCUGUCCUCUGACCUUUACCCACAUACACACACACACACACACACACACACACACACACACACAUACACACACUGAAUGAAUGGGUGGAUGAGUGAAUGAGUGAGUGAGUAAGACUAACUAGAAGUAAAUGAGGAUUUGAAACUAGGUUUGACUCUAGGCUGGAACUGAAGUCAGGCCUUCUGAUCUGGGAAGACAGAGGCAAGGCCCCUACAUUGCCCUGCGGUAAAGAUUGGAGAAUGUAUGGGAAGCCCAUGACCAUCCCAUUGUUAGGGUUGGAGGAAACAUCUUUGAGACCCUUGGCUGUUGAACAGGAAGUAAUGAGCAGUUGUUGGGUGGUUUCAGAGCUUGGAAAAAUAGGGAUGGAAGAUCGUCUCAGGUCUGUCCAAGAGCAAUUGCUGUGAACUGGACCCCCUAAUCCCAUCCUACUUCCGUGAGUCCUUCACCUCCAGUCAGCAAGAGGGCUUUGGCUUUCUGCCUUCUGAUGCAGCCCCCAGACAAUACUCCAGUGUACUACAGCAUUCCCAUCUGUCAAUGUCAAAAUCCUAUCCUCCAUGCCCCCCCAAACACACACACACACACACACACACACACACACACACACACACUUGUUAGCAGAAAGAAACCAAAGCCUAAAGGAAAGGACCGCACUAGAGCUUCCCACAUUUCCCUCUCUGCCACUCCUUGUCCUAACUAUGCUUUUAAAAGGCAAGAGAAGCUAGGCAUGGUGGCGUACACCUGUAAUCCCAAUACUUGGAAAGCUGCAGUAGGGAGACUGCUGUGAGUUCAAGACAAGCAUAGGCUAUACAUGACAAGACCCUGUCUCCAAAAACAACUACCACAACAAACAGAUGUGGUGGUGCAAGACUGAAAUCCCAGUGUUUAGGAGGCAGAGGUAGGAUGACUUCUACCAGCCUGGGCUGUAUAACAAGUUCCAAACCAGCUAGAACUACAUAUCAAGACCUGUCUCAAAAAAACAGGAAAGAGAUUCUGGGCUUGGUAAGGUGUCGCUUCCUUUAUUCCCAUCUAAUUUGUAAAUGCAAGUUUGUGAAAAAUCCUCCAAGAAAAUAUAUUUCAGUAUAAAACAA